AUGGCCUUCGCAAGUGUAGGACUGAAGGAUCCCGAUGUCGCUAAAGCCCUGGAAGGGUGCAAAGACGCCGGCACAUUCAAGCACAAGGCGUUCUUCCACACGUGCGGCCUGUCCAGCAAGUCUGCUGAGGAGGUCAAGAAGGCCUUCUUCAUCGUUGACCAGGACAACAGUGGCUUCAUUGAGGAGGAAGAGCUGAAGCUGUUCCUGCAGACCUUCAAGGCAGGUGCACGCGCACUGACAGACGCCGAGACCAUGGAAUUCCUGAAGGCCGGCGACUCCGACGGUGACGGCAAGAUUGGCUGUGACGAGUUCGCUGACAUGGUUAAACAAUAA